AUGGGCGAUGGGUUUGCGCUCCGCGUGCGACAUUCUUACACCGUGCACGGUGGAGCACCAGUUUCGCCGGCCGAGUUCCAGCGCCUGCAGACGAACCGGUUCCUCGGUGGGUACGUGCGCGUGUCCGGCUUGGGGCAGUCGUUCGGAGCGGUGCGGCUGCGCGAACUGUUUGGGACGUAUGGCCUCCUGAGGGAUGUGUCCGUGCUGCGGGAUCAGGACCGAGAGCCGCUCGGUUGGGCGAUAUUGCGCUACCAGAGCGAUAAACAGGCUCUUUUCGUCUCCCGCAUUAUGGACAACACCGUGGUGGACGAUACUCGUCUCAAGGUCGUGAAGCAGUCCAACCAACUAUUGCCGUUCACUGACGCUGUUCCGAUCGACUUGAGCACAGCAUUUAUUCCGGCGGUGGCUACCUCAGCGGCUGCCACAUCCCUCUUCCCAAGAGUCUGGUUGGGUGUGUAA